ACAGACAGAGACACACAGGGAUCAUGGGAGACUCAUGGGAAGAUGAUGACUUCACCCCAGUGGUGCCUCAAGCAGUGGUGCUGCCAACCAAGACAUCCUGGGACGAUGAGGAUCUGCCAGAGGACCCUAACGCGGGCAAGACACCGGAGGAAAUCGCAGCCGAGGCCGAGCGGCGGAGAAAGGCGGAAGAGGCUCGACAGGCGAGGGCACGAAAAAAUGCGGAGCGAGCAGAAUUGCGGCGGCAGGCGGAAGAGGAAGCGGAGCGGAUGGCCAAAGAGACACCGGAGGAGCGCGCCCUGCGGGAGCGCCAGGCUGUGGAGAAGGCGGACUACGCCAUGGCCGACGAGCUCUUCGGCCCCCCCGGCCAGCCCAGCAGUCGGCCCUUGUCCUCCCUCUCUCUCUCUUCCUCUGCCUCCUCCGUGGGCGCAGGCAAGGCGCCCAACGCACCGACAGUCCUCAAAGCUCCCGGGGACUUCACGGCCCUGGCCAAGAGCCUGGGUCCUCAAUUCAAGAAGGCGGCCAGCAGCAAGGACGUGACCGGCUUUGUAUUGGAGCUGUUGGCCCGCGGGGGGAAGGAUCCUGUGGGGGUGGAGGACUUGAAUGAGCUGAUCAAAGGUCUGCAGGCGCUGGCCGUGGAGAAGCAACGGCUUGCGGACGCGAACCGCAAUAAGAUCGGGGCGAAGCAGAAGGCGCUGGCGGCGAAGAAGAAGGAGCACAAGGCAAAGAGCGCGCAGCACAAGGAGGUGUUCGGCGCCGACUUCGACGAGGACGACCCCGACAUGGACCAGUACUACGCCAUGGAGGACGAGUUCAUGUAA